AUGCAACAAGAGGAAAACACAUCUCUCCUUUCACACAAUAUUGAUGAGUUACAAUCCUUUCACACCAACACACCAAAUCUAUCAUCAUUAAAUCAUCAAAAAACACCCGAUGAAGGAAAUCCUGCCACCACGGAAGAAAUAGAAUCACUUUUACAUCAAAAUUUACCACCUCCUGGUAAAUCAUCAGCACUUGAUGUUGUAUUUAAUAUUAGUAAUUGUACAAUUGGAGCAGGCGUUUUAGCAAUACCUUUUGCAUUCCAUCAAAGUGGAAUUUUAUUGGGAUGUUUCAUUUUGCUAUUUGUUUGUGUCAUUUCAACAUUGACAUCUCAGUUUCUGUUGAGGGCUUGUGAAAUCUCAAAACAACCAACCUAUAAGGAAAUUGGUAUGAAAGCUUUUAAGGGAAACAAGAUUGCUGGCUUUAUAAUUGAUAUUUCAAUGAUUGUAUUUUGUUUUGGAGUUAUGCUUGGAUAUACUUCAAUUGUUGGAGAUUAUUCAUCAAGUUUAUUUAAAACUAUUUAUUCUGAUUAUUAUUGGCAAGGAGAAAAUGUUAAUUAUGAUAACAUUCUAUUCUCUAAAAACUUUAAUAGCUUUUUAUUAAUGAUAACUGUCAUGUUACCUUUGAGUUGUUUCAAAAGAAUUGGAUUUUUGUUUUUUACUUCCUAUUUCACAAUAGUUUGUGUAUUGUAUACUUUAUUUGUCAUAAUGUAUGGUUUCUUUUCAAAAGUUACAACACUUGAUAAGAGAAUUGACCAUAGUAUUACUUUAUUUCAAUCAUGGGAAAGUUUUUCACAGGUUUUUGUUGCUUUUCCAGUUUUAUUCUUUUCAUUUGGUAAUACUGUUACAUUGAUUCCAAUUUAUUACGAAUUGAAAAAUAAGAAUCAGAGAACUAUGACUCAUGUCAUUAAUGGAGCUUCAGUUCUCUGUUUGAUUUUCUAUCUAAUUACUGGAAUAUUUGGUUAUAUUCAAUUUGGAGAUAAUAGCAUUAAGGAGAAUAUUCUAAACUCAUUUAGAAAACACAAUGUAAUGGUAAUAUUCGCCAAAUUAGCAAUGAUUAUUGUUUCUGUCAUUUCCUAUCCGCUUGUUCAUUUCCCUGCAAGACAAAAUGUUGAACAGCUAUUAUUCCCAAAUAGACCAUUUUCUUAUAUUAGAUGGAUUAUUGAGGCAGUUGUGUUUGCAACCUUAACCUUACUAGUUCUAUUAAUUCCUUUCGAUUUGGUUACAAUAUUUGGAAUAACUGGUGCCAGUGUUGGAAUGAUGGUCAUGUUUAUUUUCCCAUGUGUAUUCUAUGCAAUUCUUGAGACCAAUAAGAAGAAGAGAGCUUUUGCUAUUGUGGUUGCUUGUAUUUGCUUGAUUUUAGGAGUAAUUUCAUCUGCUAGUGUUAUUGCUGACUUUGUCCAGAAAAUAUUUGUUCCAGCCUCAAGCCUUUCUAUUGGAUCAGGAGCAAACAAUACUAUCAGCAGCAGCAGUAGCAGUGGUGCCUCUACCAAUCGUCGCUCCUCCUUCUACUCCAACUCUGCCAUGAUGGCCAAUAAUUCAUCAUCACUCAUAGGAAGUACAACAAAUUCCUUUUCAAAGGCUACAAAUAAUGGUACUUCAGGACCACAACAACCACAUGGAUCGUCCACCUUGUUAUUCUCUCAUGCCAAUAGAAGAGAAAGUUUUGGUGCUCCAUCAAGACCAGGUGGAUUUACUCCAGGUUUGGGAGUUUCCCAAUUGAUUCAUCAUCAACAUGGUGUAGGAUCGAAUAAUAGUUCUGGUUUGAUGAAUAGUAGUGUUUCAGGUGCUAUUAAUAAUAAUACUACUACUUUGAAUACGAGUGGGUCAGGUGUAUCAUCUUCUAUUGUUGUUGGGAAUAUUCUCAACAACACGAGUAAUAGUGCUAGUAAUAAUAACAACAAUAGAAAUUCAUUGUCUGGUUCCUUCUCUCAACAAAAUAGAAAGAGAGUUGCUCAAACAAUGCUUCCACCUAGAUCGAUCAAUACAUUCCACAAUAUUCUUGGUACAUCUAGUUCACAAAAGGAAGAUGUUCUUUCUCCAGAGGAAACAAUUUGUAAAACUAAUCCACUUGAUGAAGCUUUGGUGAAGGAAAAUGCUGAAUUAAAGAAGGAAAAUGAAGAUUUGAAACAACAAUUACAAAAGUUGAAAGCUCAAAUGAUUGAGAGGGAAAAGGAAAUGGUUGAUAAGGAAGAUCAAUUGAAAAAAGCACAAUUUGCUAGUAAGGAGCUAACUGAUUGUAAAAAGUAUAUUGAAAACAUGUCACUUAAAUUGAUAGAAUUAGGUGUUGAUCCUAAUACAUUGAAGCAACAUCCAUCUAGCACUCUUUCAUAUGAUUUGAGCAAUAUUCUUAUUGGUUCUUCUGUUGAGCUUGAUGACUCUGUUAGAGAAUUGGAAAAUGUUCUCUUCAAGUAUUCACCACUCUAUUCCAAAACUUCAACUCUUAUGCAAUUGGAAGAUUAA